CAUCUUCAAACUAUGUCGCCUCAACAGGAUAACAUUGGUCAGAGCCGUUCUUCUUCGUUGACGGGGGAAUCUCGAAUAUCGGGCUGUGGAGGGACAGAAGAGAAGAAGAUAAUGAAAAAUCUAGCCCAGAGACGACAGUCAGCACCUUCUUUGGUGAUUAGCAAAGCCCUUAGCAAACCCAGAUCACUAUCCAGAGAAACUUGCCGAUCUCCUGUCAGUCCAGAGUUUUGCCCUCUCGUACAGUCAAUUAUAAGCCCGUCCAGAACAUUACUAAUGGAAGGACACGCCCAGCUCAAGACUGGUCUCCAAACCCAAGACCGACAUUUCUUCCUGUUCAAUGACGUUUUCGUAAUUGCAAAAUCAAAGUCUGCAUCCCAUUUCAAGCUGAAAAAACGUGUCAAGGUUUGUGAGGUCUGGAUGGCAUCCUGCAUGGACGAAGUGUGUGAAGGGACCACAAAUCCUGAACUUUCCUUUGUGAUGGGUUGGCCCACAACUAAUUGCGUGGCUACAUUCAGCUCACCAGAACAGAAAGAGAAAUGGCUAUCUUGCCUCUACAGUUGCAUUAAAGAAGAGAAGGAAAAAGAGCAUCCUAGAAGUAUUCCUUUGAAGAUAGUUACCAGAAAUGUUGGGAGCUGUGUAUAUUCAAAGGUCUUGACUGUGAACAAUACAGAUACGGCAUAUGAUGUUGUUGCCAUGACACUUCAGCAGUUUGGCAUUACAGGAUAAUUAAUUGACUGUAGCAUUACUGUGGAUUUAAACAUUGAAAGUGGCUUUGGAUUUUUCUCAACAGGGCAUGAAUAUCCUUUCAGCAUUAAAAUGAGUCACAUUCAGAAUGCAGCUGCACAGGCACCAUCAUCUAAAGACUCACUCUACCCUCUGGAUUUCCAGGGGCCCUUCUUCAUUGAGCAGUUGCCUGUGGAGAUGCAGUGUCAGUUCAUCUUAAAGCCAAGUCGCUUGGCACCAUGCCAACAGAUGGCUGAAACAAAUCAAAAGCAACACAAAAGGAAAAGGUCAAUCAUGAACUGGACCUUUUGGCGUGGCUCUAGUACUCAGUUGGACAACAUGCCUCUAUCCCCAACCUCCAUAACACCAGGCAGGCUCUUCGGCCUACCAUUGUCAGCCAUUUGUGAGGAUGACAACUUCCCAAAGCCAAUCAUGGACAUGCUUUCCUUUCUGUUUCGUGAAGGUCCAUUCACCAGAGGCAUUUUCAGACGUUCUGCUAAUGCUAAAGCCUGCAAAGAGCUGAGAGAGAAGCUGAAUACUGGAGCUGAAGUGCACUUAGCCUGUGAAUCUGUGUUUGUGACAGCUGCUGUGUUCAAAGACUUCCUUCGGAAUAUUCCUGGAAGCAUCUUUACUUCAGACCUCUAUGAUGAUUGGCUGGCAGCAGUAGAAAAGAGAAGUCAUGAGGAGAAGAUAAAGGAAAUUCAAAGAUUGUUGGAGCAACUUCCAAAACUCAAUACCCUCCUCCUACAUCAUGUAUUUAGAGUGCUUCACAACAUUGAGCAGCAGGCUGAGGAAAACCAGAUGAACGCAUUUAACUUGGCAGUCUGCAUAGCACCCAGCAUCUUGUGGCCUCCCUCACCCUGCAGUCCUGAAAUAGACAGCGAGUCAACAAAAAAGGUUGCACUGUUUGUGCAGUUUCUAAUUGAAAACUGCUGCAAGAUCUUUGGAGAUGGUUUCAUGACCCCUUUUGGAGUGUUCUCAUCAAGGAAAUGUGAAGAAAGAGAUGAUGGUUCAGAUCUCUCUUCAUUUCAAAUGCAUGACUCCUCUUAUGAUAGUCUGGAAAAUGAGCUCAAUAAUGAUACUGAUUCCCCACUAUCUAACCUGAUGUCAAAGAGAAACCAAGACAAUCGAAGUAGGGACUCUGUUCUGACCUGGAGUGACUGUGAUCUUGAACAACCUGAGGAUGAAGGAAGUCAUGUACAAGUUCUAGCCUCCCAAAGUAGAAGUGUGAGCUGUCCAUUUUCUGAGAAUGACCUCCUGGACUCUAACAUUUAUGACUAUGCUACUGACAGAAGGCUUGCAGGUUCCAGAAGAUACAGACGGUGUUCAGAGCCCAAUAUAUUUCCUCCUGCUUCACAAUUUACUCAAUGUUGUCAGAAUCGUGACACUGUGAUUCGUAAAGCUAGCUAUGAUGCUACCAUGACUCAUUCAGAUGACAACUACCUUGCGCAAUUGCAGAUGCUACAGAUUGAGGACCAGAAACUCAUAAACUGCAGUUUGCACAAGGGUAUUGACCAGGAAACAUCUAACAAUGGAAGCCACAAAGUUGCUCAGAAGGUGUUGCACAGCAGUAGCCGACUUCAGCCACCUCCACCACUCAAACUUAAUGUCACUUCAAAGACUAUCAGCUCCAGUUUGUCCUCACCUGGCACUUCACCAUCAGGCUCCUCGAUGAGUUCAACUGAUAGUGCUUUCACACGUAAUGCAGAAUGUUGUGUGUUAGAUGAAAACUUCUCAACAUCCAGUUCUGCCGUGCAAGGUCAUAAAGGCCCCCCAGCAUUGGUAGCUAGCCCCAGUAUGUUAAAGCACUGUUCUGGUCUCCAGUCUCCUAUACAGGGUCAUAGCACAGCUAUCACUUCAACCUCCACCGCAACAGAAAAACCCAAGGGAAGUUGCAACUUGACUGAAGAAAUCUCUAAGUGCAUUAUUGAGAAAGACCCGGUCACUCUGCGUUCCAACAGCUGGCUGAAGAAAAGUGGAUGCUGGACACUUAAAAGGAAGGAGAGGGGAUAUAAGCUUAAAAGCAAGCACGGACCAUUCUUUGUAGAUAAAGAACUCGCCGAUGGCAAGUUAACUGUUUCUCCAGUGGCUGCAGAAGACGUGGCUCAAAAGUUGAACAGAAGCCAAUUGGUCAAUCCACUGUCCUUUCAGAAACCAAUUGGAUCACCUCUGCAAAGUGCAGGUGUCAAAAGGAAAGGAGUGAUGGUCCAGUCUUCAAAGCUUUUAGUCCAACAUGGACAUUGUGAUUCACAAGAACUCAUCGAUAGCUCUGUUACUUGCAGAUCACAUCUGUUGAGUACAGCAAAUCAAACCCCUCCAGAAAUUGAUCAAAUACCUCGGACUAUCUUUUAUGGGCAACAUUCAAAGUUAUGUCUUCAGUCGACACCACAUCAACAAUCACGUUCAUUCUCACUGGGAGAGAAAUUUUCCCAAAGAAUAGUUAAUCCACACUUGUCUGAAUUGGUAACUUGUGCUCACAUGGGUACUCGGAGUCCUGGGGAAAUCAGUGAGAGUGCAGCUAAUACAGAUCUUCCUGUGCAAAAGGAUGGGGUGCAUCAGGAGAAGAAACCAUUUCCAUCAACAAGUGGACCACAUGCAAAUGAGCAGGAGUUUCACGGGACAUGCUCCACUGCUCUUUCCCAUAGUGCAGCUAAAGCAGUUGAGGAUUAUUUUUUGCAGAUCGAUGCUGAGAAAUAUUUCAUAAAAAAACAAGAAGUUACUGAUGCUGUGCUACAGUGCAAGAAGAAAUGGCAAAAUAAGUGCUGCAGUGAUCCGAAAUUUGGAGACUUCGAACAAGUAUUUUUCUCCGAGGAGUCUUAUGUGUAAAGACUUUGUUUGGAUAUAGUGUUAUUACUUCUUCACAAAACUAUUUGAAAAUAUGUUAACUCUGGUUCAAUUCAAACUGCCAUGUAACAUUAUUACAACAUAGCUCUCACCAUGUAGUCUAAAUAGCUGCAAGUACAUUUUUGACAAUGCCAUAUUUGAUCUUUUGUGUAUGCUUUGAUAUUUACAGGUCUGUAUGAUGAAAUCUUGUCCUCCGCAAGAUAAAAAUGUAUAUAUUUGCAAUUUUAAAAAAUAAGUUGUUUAAAAGUGACUAUUAUAUUAUGAAACCAACGGCUGCUAAAUGGGAUAUGCAAAGAACUCUGACACUCUUUGCCUGCCGUGAAAUCGACAUUAAAGUUGGAACAAAUGAACAAUCAAAUUGUUUCCCAGUUCCACACUCUGAAACAACAGCCAUCAUUUGGGCUAUAGAAAAAUGUAUAAAUUGAAAGGUAGCAAUGUUGUGUGGCAGCUUUUUACCUUUUGAGAUAAUGGCUUGUGCCGUUGUGGUCAACUCUGUUAGGCACCACCUGGUGAGACUCAGGACCUCCACCCUGGCCUGAUAGUCUCUAUCACAUUUGCUGCAGAGAAAGAGCAUGACCAAGAAGAUGCAAGAUUGACUGACCUCUGGCCUCUGAGUCCUCAAUUGGCAAGCUGAGCUUUUUGUAAUUUCGUGUUUCUUCCAAUGACUUUCCAAAAAGAUUCAGCUCCCUUCCCCUUCCAAGGCCAAUCAGCAAAUGCCUUCCAGGUGUUGAUAUCAAUAUCUGUCAUCUUCUCUUAUUUGCAGGUGUCCUCGAUAACAGAAAUACAAAAGCCAUGAGAUCAUGGGCCCAAUGAACAUGACCAAGACGGUGCAGAUGUAGUUACUUUUGCAAUGAAUUAGCACAUACAGGGCCUCAAGGUUGGUGACCUUGUUUUGCUAAGUGAUGCCAACUAUAUGUCUGAGACAGCGAAGACCGAAACUUCAGCAUUUCUUCCUAUAUAGCAUAGACUGUCCAGCACUCACCACUAGUGGCGUGCACUGAAGACUCAGACUUGAUUGACUUUUGGUAGUGCAGUAAAUAUGUUGAUAUUCAAUGCACCAGGUAUGGACAGUUGGGAAUGGGUUUCUGCCUUACAUUUCCACACAAUUGUUAAGCUUGUAGUCUAUAUUAUAGCAGUGGAGGAGUUGCUGUGAGACUAUAGGUAAGGUUAGUUACCCUGACAGGUAAGAGUAGCAAUCAGAUAACAUUAUCCUUGAAUUCUGGCAUUUGGCACAAUUUUCAGAGUCUGGGAGCUGGCUGCCUUUUGUCUGACCCAUUAACCAAGGAGCAAUGCUUGAUGAGGAGAAAACUGAAGCCGAAAAUAAAGAAAUAAAAUAAUAUAUUUCAUUUAACCAAACAUAUGUAAUCUUCUUAAAAUCUGGCAAUCAUAUUGAUUGGCAUGUAGAUGUGGAGAAAAUGCAUAAUCUGAAAAAUAAUCAAUGUAAACAAUUAUCAGUUUGGUUUGCGUUGUGUUCUUUAUGCUUGCUGGGUUAGUUCUCAUUACUUCCAUGGUUUGAAUUCAUGAUACUAUCAUAAUGAGUUCAUUUCUUAGCCUACCCUUUGCUGCUCAAGGUUUAGAUAUAUUGUACAAUGAGGUUAAUUGGAUGACAGAUUUACAUUCUUUUUUACCUGAACCUUCCUGACUGAAAUUUUGCAUUAUACCCGGCUAUUUAUUACAGAUUUUGAGCACUUUCUAUUUUUCUUCUUGUAUUAAGCACUUUUUGUAAUAAGAAACCAAUAAUUGAUUGCACUGUUUCUUUUCCCAGAAAAUUCCAUGAUUCUGUUGGCAUAGACUUGUUCAAAUUUUCUUGUCAUCUGUCCCUCUCAAUGAGAACCCCUGCACCAGUGAGCAGUGCACUGGGACUACUUUACAGGAAGCGGUCCAUUGUCACUGACCAGCUACAACAUAUUGUAGAUCAAAUUAUGUAGAUAACAUGAUAAAAUAAUUCUUAUAAAAAUUUAUUAAAAGGUGAAUAUUGUCACUGUAAAGUGCACAAUUUGUGGUCCAUAAAUUGUAAUAUUUAUUUCCUUUCUAAAAGACUUACUAAUGAUAUUAGACUAAUUUUCAUUAAUAUUGAGUUGUUACAUUAUUUUAUCUGUGUAAGAUGGACUUGAGCAUUACAACAAUUGAAAUUACUUUUUUAAACUCCCUCUUUAGUUGAAUACUAGUUUUUACUAUAUAUUGAAGAUAAAAUUUAGUUUGAAAAGCCUUUUCCUGAUUUUGAGCUCACUUGACAGGUGUAGAUGCUCAGAAUUUGUGGCAGUUGUGAUUUUUUUCAGUCAAGUGACUUGACCUUACUAAUUCUCCAGUAUGUGCUCUCGUUGAAGGCAGCUCCAAAUUAAAAAUGUCCUGAAAAUGAAGCCUAUUACUCCCAUUCUAUGUGAUCUCAACUGCAGUGUCAGUAUGAGGGCUACUAUUGGCUGUUGUAUCUCUGGGCUACAAAAGGGAUAAAUCAAUCUGUUCCUUAUUUUUAUAAAAUACAUGCAAGGACAAAACUGGCUAUGACAUUUUCUGAGGUCAAAUAGCCUGUAAAAAAAUCACUGCCAACACUUCCCCAUGAAUAAUGAUCAUUUUAGAAAGUGCUUGCAUUCGCAGCAAUCUUCAUCAUGAGUGCUAUGUGGAUGAUCUGUCUCGGCCUGCUCCAGUGGUUUCCAAAAUCACAGAUGCCAGUAUUGAUCCAAUAUUAUUUACUCUGUUUGAUAUGAAGAAAUGGUUGGAGGCACUGAAUAUUGUGAAGACUUAAGGUCCUGUCAACAUUCCAACAAUAGUACUGAAGACUAGUAUGCCAGAAGUUGCCACUCCCCUAGCCAAGCUCUUCCAGUACUGUUACAACACUGGCAUCUACCUGACAAUGUGGAAGAUUGCCCAGGUUUGUCCUGUACACCAAAAGCAGGACAAAUCCAAUCUGGCUAAUAUUCCUCUAACCUACCCUCGAUCAUCAGUAAGGUGAUGGAAGGUGCCAUCAACAGUGCUAUCAAACAGCAUCUGCUCAGAAAUUACCUGCUCACUGAUGCCA